GACAGAUGACGUUUAAGUGACAGUUGACAUUUACUUGACAGUGACGUGCAAAGUGACAUGGAUAACUGAUACGAGGUUUCUUCGGGCGUUUCUAUUUUUUCUUUUUUAGAGACCUUUAUAUUUACUGUGGUUUCUAUAACCUAUACUAUGAGCAGUGCAGUAUUGCGGAUGCCCUGGCUGGCUUACCAGAAAAUAUUCAACAAAACCAUUGCAUCGCAAACACGAUUACUGAGUUCUGUCAAUGCAGUAAAGAAAGAUGAUGUUCAAACAAUCACUACAGUGGAUAAGUCAGAUGUAGAAUUCUUUUCGAAUCAAAUGAAUCACUGGUGGGAAUUAGAUGGACCCCUGAAGGCGCUGCAUUCGAUGAAUUUGAUUCGAAUUCCCUUUGUCAGAGAUGGUCUUGUACAGUGCUCACCAGCUGAAAGAAAUCUCAGUCCACUGAAAGAUAAGAAAAUAUUGGACGUCGGCUGCGGCGGUGGCAUUUUAUCUGAGGGUUUAGCAAGGUUGGGCGCAACAGUAACUGGUAUUGACGCGAGUAAAGAUCUGAUAGCUGUCGCCGAGGCACACAAGGUCUUAGACCCCAGGAUAGAGAAUAAUAAGCCUACUUACUAUAACAUAACAAUAGAGGAUCACGUAUCUAAAUAUAGCAACUAUUAUGACGCAGUAGUAGCUUCAGAAGUGAUAGAACAUGUGAACAAUCAAGAGCUAUUUGUGAAGAGCUGCGUGCAGGCUCUCAAACCCGGCGGUCGAAUAUUCUUCACAACUCCGAACCGUACCAGAUUGUCCCAACUUCUCGUAAUAUACUUAGCGGAGAAUGUAUUGAAAUUGCUGGAGAAAGGAUCACAUCAGUACGAAAAGUUUAUAACGCCGAAUGAACUCACGUUUUUGUUGGAAAGAAAUAACUGUCACGUGGAAUCAGUCUACGGCAUCCUAUAUCACUUUCUGGCAAACAGUUGGGAAUUCGUCCGUGCACAAUCAUUAAUGUACGCGAUGCAGGCCGUCAAAUUAAAUUAACUUGUGCAUUCAUUCGUAUCGAAAUUGGCUGAUAAAAAAAACGGUUAAUGGUUAACGGGUUUACUUUAAUAACAUUUGCCGUAAAUCCCAUGAUCAAAUUUACUUAGAAAACUUCUAAAACGUUUAAUAAUAAUACAAGAGACAUCGUUUGAUUAAUGUCUGCAGGGAUGAACGCAAUGCAAUGAUGUUAUUUGUCCUGUUUUUUUUUUACUGUUUGUAUACAGUUUUGACACUAUGAUGUAAACAAAUUAAAUGUCAUUCACUUAAAAAAUAACCAAAAUAGAUGAAAAUAUGAGUCUACUAGUAGGUACAAUACAAACAAAUACGCUUUAAAUAUGCUCGUGAAAUUGUUGUAGGUAAGGAUCACCAUAGGAUAGUGUUACGGUACAUUAUAAGGUUCUCUAAAAAUGAA